GUCUAUAUAGACACAGCAACGUUAAUCGAUGUGCACAAGGGGGUUUGUUUGUUGUGUUUAGUUUGUGCAAAAGUUCCUUUUGACCCAGAAAUGGAUCCACCUCCGCAUAAACGACCACGAAUGGGGCUGUUACCUCAGACUCAGCCUCAGUUAGGCUUGAACAAUCUUGAGGCUUUGGGCGUCCUUCCACGUUUUCCUAUUCUGAACCUCGACCACUUGGCCGCCCUUCAACUCGCCCUUUUUCUGCCGUCAAGACUCGGUCCGACCGUGCUAGCGCCGGUCAGGACGGUAAGGAGUAAAAAACCGGUCGCUGCCGUACCGCAACCCAGCGGCGGCUUCGUUUCGUCCAUUCAAGCGAAGAGUCCGGCGAACGUUUCGCCUACUCCACCGAAAAAAACGGCAGACGAUGAAGGUUUUACCAUGACGUUGUCUACAGCGGCUUACAAUUACAUCUCAAAAAGUGACGGUGUAUACUUCAGAAAUCUGGUGGCGCAGCAUCUCCACGUUGUCGCGACUCUCGACAAUCCCAACGCGGACACGCUGCCCACGUGCAAGCUGAAGGGCCCCCAUGGCAAUUUGGAGAAGGCGAAGAACGCCAUCCAAAACUUCUGCGACCAACACACAGGACUUAGACGACAACUCAAAAAACGAUCGCUUAUACCAAUUUUCGAUAGAGAAUUUACCGGUCUCACCACUGUCCAAAAGAAUUUGGAUUCCCUAAGCUCUACCGGCCAUUUUUGGUUCUAUAAGGCAAUUCUGCUGCACGAGUGCAUCGCUCACACUAUCGCCUCAAUUAAAGAUUGCACCGAGUGCGAAUACCAAAGUUGCGAAGAGAGACUGAAGGAAAGCUACGCGAAGCUGAACACCAUUCUAAUUGUCAAAUUGCAAGACGACGAGGAAGCCGGACGUCACAUGGAGAUCUUGAGACAGUUCCUCGAUCGCGACUUUGACGACGUCAAGCGGUCGUUUAACCACGUCUUCAAUAGCGAUCGACGAAUUUUUCCCGAUUACGACGAGCUAAUGACGCAACUCGCGAACGCCACGACCGAAGAAUUUAGGAAUCCGAAAAUUUUGCUGAGGAAGAUAUGCAGAAUGUGCAGGACGUGCGACUGGGCCGAUGACGGCAGGAAGAUGUUCUGUAGGUACGCGAGGAUAGUCAUUCAUAAUUAUCAAAGCGAGGAUGUUAAUAUAUUUAGGAGCGAAUUUCUGAAGAUUUUCCAACGUUACAUUUUACAAAUUAGAAAACACGGAAAAGUGCAAGAGACGACGUGUCCGUCUACUGAAUAGUGAUGUGCACGAUGUGAACGUUGCGGUAUUCUUUGCAACAGAUUGUAUGUACUAUA